AUGGCAUCGACGACGAUAUCACAGCCAACACCCGAACAGACGUCACUCUCCUCUGAUUUACCAGCAUUGCCACCCCCACCGGGAGUAACGCCAAAUUUCACAAAUCCACCAAAUCGAGGAAAGCUCGAAAUCGUCGUGACGUCUUUGCUGCUCUGCAUUGCCACGAUUUUCAUACUGAACCGGCUCUACAUGAAAACGUUCAUUGUUCGAAAGUAUAUGUUGGACGAUCUGACCAUUGUAGUGGGUAUGGUUGGCACAGUUACGUGUUAUGCCGCAGCUACCUUUGGUAAGAAGCCUUCCUCUGCCUCUUCCACAACCGCUCACACGCCGCAAACGGUAGGAGUACACGAAGGCGCUAUUGGAGUCCACCUAUGGGAUAUCAAAGGCCAAGCGGGCAGCAGAAAUACUGUGAUCUCUGUCUACCUGAUCUCAGUCCUGUUGUCACCAACCUUCCUUUUCAUCAAGAUCACGUUUUUCAUCACGUAUGGCCAUAUUUUCGGCCCGAUGCGUUGGAUGAGGAUCUGCGCCUUACUCGGGGGCAUCUUCACGACGCUCUUCUACAUUGCUAUGACCGUGUGCUUCUUCAUUGUUGUAACACCUCACAGAGGCCAGACGUGGCUAUCCAAUACAAGUACUCAGCGCGAGGAACUGAAUCUCCACUUCGGUGUCCCUUCAUCUGCUGUGGGUCUGGUCAUUGAUAUCUAUCUCCUGGUUCUGCCGAUCGUGGCUGUGAGUAAGCUGCAAAUGGCCACUCACCGGAAGCUUGGUAUCAUCCUAAUCUUCACGACCGGGUUGCUCGCUUGUCUGGGCUCAGUCCUGAGCAUAUACUACAGGGUCCGGCUCGAGAGAACCCGAGACCAAACAUGGGCUCUCAUACCUGCGAACACCGUGACCCUCUUAGAGAUGUUCGUAGGCAUAAUCUGUGCCUGCAUGCCGGCAGCGUCCCACACAUGGCAACACCAUCUCCCCUCCUACGACUCAUUCAAGUACCACCUACGCGCCCGCAAUGGAACUUCGGGGCUGAAACUUGGCGGAACAAACCCGACUCCGUCCUCGUUCGCGGAAAAUAAUCCCAGAGACGUGAAAACUUCCCGUGGCGUCCACGAAGGAUACGUCAAUCUAGACGUGCUUGGGCAUGAAUUGCCAAGGCCGGUAAAGCCUUUGCAGACCUUCAUUUACAGCGGACGGCCAGAUGAUCUCAAUCACGAUGGUAUCAAUCUCACAUACGAAAUGCAGCAGAGCUCGGCCUCUCCUCCGCCACCCAAGCGUGGGUGGACGACUGUCUAG